AUGGAAAGAUUGUCUCAUGACUUAAACCUGGCGCUGGAAGAGAGUAACUGUGGCAGGCAGGAGAGACGGAAACUCGGACUGCGAAGACGUACGAGGUCCGCUGGGAACUUGCCCGCUGUAACAGUAAGCCUGGUUGAAGAUGGCAGUUCAAGCAGCCCACCACAAGCUCCUCUCAUCACUCAACCUCUCUCCGAUUCCGAUGAUCCACAUCUCAGCAUACAUAAGUCUACCAACCUAAAGAGCCGACACUAUUGUCAGAUCGGCAACAUUGAAUCUGAUUCAUUCAAUGAAAACUUCUCACCGACACGUCCAGCAAAUGCAAGAAGGAAACGGAAGUAUAAGAAAAUGCCAGUGGAAUAUAGCGAUGGAAAAUGCUCGCCACCAAUUGAAAUAUUAAGCAUUGCUACCGAGCCGAAUGCCUUGCCAGUGACAAUUACUUUGCAGUCACAAGGAGCGUCUCUUGGCCACUGUAAGAAACAGGAGAGGAACGCUUUUUGUGGUAAACGAAAGUGGUCUCACAGAGAUAAAAGCGACGGCUGUGAGAUGAGAGAGAGAUCAUUUAGUGGAGGAUGUUCGUCUAAAUCGGCGUUCUUCAAGAGCGACAUCAAAUCAAAAAAACAUGAUACAGAGAAAAAAAGAAAGGAAUCGGUCCUACAACCGGGGAAAAUCAUACUCAAGUCACAAAACAGCGAAGAAGUUAAACCAUCGUUUUCCAGUACGCAUUCAUUACCCGGCAGUUCAAGUUUCAACUUUGUAUACAAGAAUCUAUCAAAGAAUGGCACACCCACGCUAUCAAAACAUUCUGGUUAUAGAAUAAUCACAGACUUACCGCCAUUUUUCAGUCCAUCUACAAGUACAGGAAAGAAUAGCUUUGAUAGCAAAUAUUACAGGAAGAUUAAAAUACUUAAUAAGUCUCAUCCACCGAAUACACUACGGAAUCCAUUGAAUUUCGAUGACUCCGCUGUAAUGGAUAUCGGUAAUGAGAGCAGUUCGUUGAGCAGUAGCGAUUCUGAUGGUGUUGUGACAAACGAUAGCGAUAGGGAAGGAGACGAUGAACUAACGGACUGGCCUGGAAUAGAAGAACUGAAGGUAUUCAACAAGAGCCUCACCUUCAAGUCAUCAAAAUCUGUGAACAAUAACUGCACCAAAUCCAUAAGUACUAUGCCACCGCCCAAACGACUGAAAAAAGAAGGUAUAGGAUGGGCCAAUUCAAAGAAUAGGUUCAAAAAGAAAAGGGCGAAAGUGGAUUCUGGUAACGACGAUGAUACUAUGAUGUCUGAUUCCAAAACAGUCAUCGAUUUGGAAGAUGAAGUUGAAAUCAAAGAAAUACUUCCGCACGCAUCGUUUUCUACCUUCAGCGAUAUUAUAAACGCCGGUGCUUCAGGGAAGAACGCCGAUGGGAAAUUUCUUCAGUCCUUUCAGGCGUUUCAGGAGAAAACUGGCAAGGAAGACAUCAAUCACUCACUCACGAAUUUCACUCUACAGAAGACUUCGUCAAGCGAUUUGAAUUUGAGUGAGAAGUCUCCACAAAGUGAUUACUACUACAGUGAGCAGUCUAUGGGUAAUGUUGCUGAAGUGAGAGAAAUAAGGGCUGGCUGCAGACGAAUACGUGAAGAAAGACCUGGUUUCCUCAUACUAAGUGCUGCAAACGAACAAUUAUCCAGGUUCUUACAGGAUUCAUGCCAAACAGAAUUAAAGCUGGCCAGUCUAAAUGACCCCUUGGAGAAAGGGAAAUUGGAAUCACUGGCUAAAUUAUACUCACUGGAACUACAAGUCGAUAUGGGAAAACCAAUCUUGAGGAAGACUAGUAAUACAAUGCAAGCGAUCAGAGUGGAACACCAUUCCCACCAUAUAUUUCCAUCAGACCACAAAAGACGUUGUUAUGGCGAAGAAGUGGACUCGAGUUUGAGCGACCAGAAUUCUGUGAACUCUGUCAAUGAAUUAGAUGAUAUUACACCAGAGGUCAAGUUUUGUGAUAUCACACAGGAUUUAGAGGAACAAUUCAAUUACGCUCAAGUUGAUAAAUCCUUACUGCAUCCAGGAGAAUUAGAUUGA